AUGCUGAUGGGGACGCAACAUAUCCACAUUGCUGCACAUCGGUUUGAUACUUUGGGUGGUUCCAUGUUGACUCUCAUGCAGUUCAUGACCUUCGACAGCGUGGCACCGGUCUACACACCUCUGAUAUUUGCGAAGCCAUGGUUGUUCAUCUAUUUCUUGGUUUUCCUCCUGCUUGGUCCUAUUGCCCUCAUGAACAUCAUGAGGGGGAGAAGAAGAAACAUCUGGAUAAUGGAACACCCAAGCUCUGGAGCAAAACCAUAUCUUAAGAGACGAACCUCCUUCAUGAAGUCGAUGACACUGUCCUGUGAGAUGGCGGUCUUCUUACUUGGUGUUGGCCCU